AUGCCUCAAGCACAGCCAGAAUUGAAGAAGUACAUGGAGAAGCGGGUCUUCUGCCAACUGAACGGCAACCGCAAAGUCAUUGGUAUCCUCCGUGGCUACGAUGUCUUCAUGAACAUUGUCCUUGAUGAGGCUUUCGAGGAAAAGGCCGGUGGUGAGAAGGUUUCUAUUGGCAUGGUGGUCAUCCGCGGAAACUCGGUGGUCAUGCUGGAGGCCCUCGAGCGGAUUAACGACAAAUAA